AUGAAGGUUCUCAUCACCGGCGCAUCCGGUCUGCUCGGUCGUGCUGUCCAUCAGCAAUGUAACCAAAAGGGCUACGACACCAAAGCACUUGCCUUCACCCGUUCAGAUCCCGAAAAGCAGCUCGUCAAGCUCGACCUCACAGAUGCCACCGCCCUCGAGUCAUGUUUGCGCGAAUUCCAGCCUGAUGUCAUCGUCCAUACAGCAGCUGAGCGUCGUUCAGACUUUGUCGAGAAGGACCCAGCGGCAUCGCAUGCUAUCAACGUCGAUGCACCAGCCAGCAUCGCAAUGCUCGCAUCGAAGCUCGACCAUGUACCACUGCUUAUCAACAUCUCGACCGACUAUGUCUUCGACGGCUUUAAGCCACCUUACAAGGUCGAUGAUGCUCCCAACCCUCUCAAUGCAUAUGGUGUUGGCAAGCUUCAAGGCGAGCGUGCAGUAGCGGAGAACGCCAAGCCUGGUCACUUUACUAACCUUCGUGUUCCAAUAUUGUACGGCAAGACGAUCACCAACAACGAGUCUGCCGUUAAUGUUCUCCUCGACGCUAUUCAGCCACCAGCAGGAUCCACAACGCCCAAGAAGUGCGAUGCCUAUGCAGUCAGGUAUCCCACCAACGUCGGCGAUGUCGCCAAAGCCAUUCUCAAGCUUGCAGAAGUGCAUGCUGCCGACUCGUUCAAACCUGUUCCACCCACCACUCAUUUCAGCGCAAAGGAGGCUAUGACCAAGUACGACAUGUGCAUGGUCCUUUCUCGUAUCGCCAGCUCGGUAGGCUUCGAAACACGCACCGACCUUCUCGACCCGGAAUACGAAGUUGAUCCAAUGGCUGCAACUGCUCGACCUCGACAUUGCAAGCUCGACACGUCAGUGUUGGAGGAGUAUGGUGUACCGAUCGAGUACACAUCGUUCGAGGACUGGUGGCGCCCUUAUCUUGCCGAGAUGCACGAGCUUAAACUCGAAGAGGAAGCACGUCUGGCUGCCGAAGCCGAAGUGAAGCGACGCAUACAAGAGGAAGAGCGUAAGAAGCGAGAAGCGGAAGAAGCCGAACGUCAACGUAAGCUGGAAGAGGAGCGACGCAUAGCAGCCGAAAAAGCCGAAGCAGAGGUCAAAGCACAGCGUGAAGUCGAACAGCAGGCUCACAAGCAAAAAGAGGCUGAAGAAGCAGACGCCAAACAGAAGCAGGAUGCGGAAGCAUCCAAGUCCGCAGAGGAUUCCUCGACAGAGUCACAACCAGCAGCCACAGAUGACGCGGGUCCAUCUACUGCACCGCCUUCCAGCGAGGCUGGUGAAGCUCCGAACGGCACUGAUCACGACCCAGGCUCGCCGCAUCCAUCCUUCAACUCACUCAAAGCUCGGCCCACUCCACCAUCUACAUCCGGUCUUCCCUCGCCCACGAGCUCACAUCCACCAUCUUCCAUCAAAAGCGCUCACCGACCAAACACACCGCCGCUUCCUGAAAACGGCGAUGCUGCUGAUACGCAAACACGAGCAUCCACACAAGUGUCAGACGCGACACCAACAGGUUCAGUUGUCGAGGAGAGCCCGCUCAACCUCGCCGCGGCACGCGAAAGGCAACGCAUCGGCUCGAGCCUUCCUCAGCGAUCGCUUAGUGCCAGUAGUGCUGCUCGUCUGACUUCGCUGACAGAUGAGAGCACCAUGUUUGGCGGCACAGCUCGCAAGUCGAGCCUGUCAGGGCCACUGCAUCUCGAUGCGGCAGCUGCUGGUCCCCGUCAUGCAAGCAACGACUCAGACGAGGAUGGGUAUGGUCAACCUUCACCACAGACUAAUCAAACUGCUUUUCCGGAAACGCUCACAGCGUCCAUCACUGGUUCACCAACGCGAGCUGGUCGACUCUCUGCAGAUGGCAGCCCUGCUCUUGCUGCGCCAAGAAUGUCUGGCUCGAUCGGAUCCCUUGGCUCGUCAACACCAUCGCGCAUGUCGGCAGAAGGCGAUCGCAGCACAGCCCAUGCAGAUGGCGUCGCGGCUGCAGCACCGACGACUCAACCCCGCCUCUAUCAUCGGCCAUCCUUCGACCUGCUGCAAGACGCCCGUGAUCGUGAAGCCUAUGAGCGUCUACACCGUUGCAACUGGAACUUCACCAUCAAAGUCGGCGAUCCGCAACGAAUCGGUGAUCCAAUGACUGCUCACAUUGUCUACACGGUCCGCACGCACACUGACUGCCCCAACUUCCGUGCCCAGCAAUUCUCGUCCCUGCGUCGCUACAGAGACUUCCGCUGGCUGCACGCUGCACUAGUCCAAAACAACCCUGGUAUCAUCGUCCCACCCGUCCCAGAGAAGGUCUCGAUCGGUCGCUUUGCAGCUGAACUCGUCGAAGCACGUCGUAUCGGUCUCGAAACAUGCAUCAACAAGAUCGCCAACCAUCCUCUGCUCCAACAGGACGAUGACUUCCGUCUCUUUCUCGAGUCAGAGAACUUUGCCGCUGACGUCAAACAGCGUGAUAUGAUCAAGGGACCAAUCAUCACUCCCGAGCAAAAGACAUACAAGAGUUGGGGAAGUGCAUUGUUGGGAAGUGUUGUCCCUAGCACCUCAUCUCUGUCUUCUGGCGCCUUGAGUGCCUACAGCUUCGAGGAGACAGAUGAAUGGUUCAACGAGCAGAAGAUGUACAUCGACUCGCUCGAAAAUGCACUGAAGGGGAUUGUCAAAUCCGUAUCCGCCCUUUCCAAUCAGCGCAAACACAUGGUCCAAUCGAUACACGACCUAGCCCAAGUCCUCACCACUCUUUCGGGCAGCAGCUUGAGUCGGUCCCUCAGCACCUGUUUCGCCGGGCUAGCCGAAGUCAAACGCCGCGGUCUCGAGCUGGAAGACGCACAAGCAGAAGCCGAUGUCCGACAACUAGGUACUACGAUGUACGAAUACGAGCGAGUCGUUGGUUCCGUCCGUAAAGCUUUCAAAGUCCGCGCCGAGGUCUGGGCCAAAUCCGCUCGUCAAGCUGACGAGCUCCGCAAGACACGAGCUAGAUUCGAAAAGUACAAAGCAGCCAACCCUUCCAGCGCAGGACCGCAGUUCCAGAGCUUGUUGGCUGAAGUGACGGAGGCAGAGACAAAGGCACUAGAUGCACAGCGAUUGUUUGAUACAGUUUCGCAGAGGUGUAAGGAGGAGAUGGAACGAUUGGAUUUGGAGAGAGUGUUGGAUUUUAAAAAGGUAGUGGGGAUGUGGUUGGGGGAUAUGAUUAAGAGGCAGGAGGAGUUGGUGGAGGAGUGGGUUGGGUAUACACAACUGUUGGGGAGACAGACUGGUGUUCAGGUCUUGUCGCCGCCGCCUGGCGAGGAGCCGGCAGGGCAAGAGCAGCAACAAGGAGGACAGCAGCAGCAGCAGCAGCAACAACAAGGUCAGCAGCAGCCGGCUCUGUCUUGGUCUCUAUCGCAUGCUUUUGGGGUUGGUGCUAGUGAACAGCCUCAGCCUCAGCCGCAGGCGAACGCGGAAGGGGCAGCUCAAGUAGCUACUCCGGCCGACGUGACGACCGAGUGGAACUGCGCUCAAAAAGAAUCCGCAGAGGCUGAAGCAGCAAACAGUGAGCCAGCAGCAGAUGGUCCAGCCAAGGGAGAGAAGGCAAACACGGAGACUACCGCGCAGACGCAGCCCGACUCGACAGGGACUGCUUCUGCCGCUCCAGCAGCAGCUUCUGCUGACACCAAAAGCACCGUUGAGCCCACCAAAGAAGCCGACUCGAAGGCCGAUUCUGUGGACGCACCACCAACAACGAACGGCACCAAAACUCAGGAUCCUGAGCCUGAGCCAGAAGCGUCGGCAUCGGAGCAGUCAGGGGCAAAGCCUGAGCCCGAUACAGUCAAAAACGUGGCCGAAGAAAGCAAGACGGAGGAGGAGCAGUCUCAAACCGAAUCAUCGGCAGUCUCGAAGGAAGAUGCCACAGCUCAGCCCGCAGAAAGCAACGCCGAUCCCAGUACAGAGGCUGGAGAUGUAGACCAACCCUCCUCCUCAUAA